CCAAAAUUGAGGAUUUUUGAGAUCUUUCAUCCCAUCUCAUAUUUCAUCUAAUUGGGGUCAUAAAACUUGUGUAACUGUGCCUGUUGUAAAAUCUGCUGUUAAAUACAAUGCCUAUUAUGUAAUAUAUUGACAUUAAGGUAGAUGAUUACAUGAUAACAAUCACACUUAUUGACAGUUAUAACUCUUCCCAUCUGAUGUGCUCAGAUCACAGAAUAUGCCUCAUGAUAUCAGAGCAUGUUUCAGGUGAAACAGAAAGAUGCUAUGAGUAUCAGAAUGAUGGAUAUUGGGCUUGGGAAUAUUUUGGUAAAUGCAAACAUUGUGAAAUGAAUAACAGCCAACAAGAUGAUUUUGGAAAGUAUUACAAAAUGGUAAGCUGUCUUUGGUUUGUGAAGCAAUGUUACUGUACAGGGUGUCCGGAAAGUAAAGAUACAAAUGCUCUAAUUUCAAUAGAUUUACCUGUUGUAAGAUGAAAUUGCUACAGAUUAUAGAAUGACAUUAUAAUAAUUAAU